UUGUACAGCCCACAGAACAGCAGGGCUGAGGGGCCAGAGGACAAGCUGUUUGAUGGCACCAUCAGAAUAAUAAUCCUAAUUCCUGCUCUCCCUCUCACAUUUCGUGUUCGCCCUCCCUCUAAUCCCAUCAGGAUUUACAUCCAGUCUUGCAGGCAGAGGGGACAGAUCUCUUUAUUUGCAGCUGCUCUGCUUGCAAAACAAAGCCCUCCUGCCUGCUAUACCAGCCUGGGCUCCACAUCAUCGGAUACUGGCAUCUGACCCUCAUCGGACCGUCCAUCCUGACAAGAGCCUGGCCAUGGGCGACAAAGGAACCAGGUAAUUGCUGAUUGGACGCAGAGGGUGCGAGGGGCAAUCACUGAGGAGAUGGUCAUGGAACUGACUGGUGGCAGCAGUGAGGAGGCAGCAUCAUGUGGAAAUAUAGUAUUUAAGAAAGCCAGUCCUAAUGGAAAGCUCACCGUGUAUCUGGGGAAGAGGGACUUUGUGGAUCACAUAGAUGUCGUGGACCCUGUGGAUGGUGUUGUUUUGGUGGAUCCCGAAUAUCUGAAAGAAAGAAAAGUGUUUGUGACGUUGACUUGCGCCUUUCGUUAUGGCCGUGAGGACCUUGAUGUUCUUGGUCUGACUUUUCGUAAGGAUCUUUUUGUGGCCAACAUUCAAGCUUUCCCACCCGUCCCAGAAGAGAAGAAGCCACUGACGCGGCUGCAGGAGCGCUUGAUUAAGAAGUUGGGCGAGCAUGCCUACCCGUUCACCUUCGAGAUUCCACCAAAUCUCCCAUGUUCUGUCACUCUUCAGCCCGGCCCCGAAGACACAGGAAAGGCCUGUGGGGUCGACUAUGAGGUGAAGGCUUUCUGUGCUGAAACCCUGGAAGAAAAGAUCCAUAAAAGGAAUUCAGUACGAUUAGUAAUCAGAAAAGUCCAGUAUGCCCCAGAGAGGCCGGGACCACAGCCGAUGGCGGAGACCACACGACAGUUCCUGAUGUCAGAUAAACCUCUGCACCUGGAGGCAUCGCUAGAUAAAGAGAUUUAUUACCAUGGAGAGCCGAUCAAUGUCAAUGUCCACGUCACAAACAACACAAACAAGACUGUGAAGAAGAUUAAAAUCUCAGUGCGCCAGUAUGCCGACAUUUGCCUCUUCAACACAGCCCAGUACAAGUGCCCAGUAGCGGUGGAGGAAGCUGACAGUGACGUUGUAGCGCCCAGCUCCACAUUUUGUAAGGUCUAUACGUUGACUCCAUUCCUGGCCAACAACCGGGAGAAGCGCGGCCUGGCGCUGGACGGGAAAUUGAAGCAUGAAGACACCAACUUGGCAUCUAGUACUCUGUUGAGAGAUGGAGCCAACAAGGAGAUCCUUGGAAUUAUUGUCUCGUACAAGGUGAAAGUGAAGCUGGUCGUGUCACGAGGAGGUGAUGUCGCUGUUGAGCUGCCAUUUACAUUGAUGCAUCCGAAACCCAAGGAGGAGCUGCUGCACCGAGAAGUUCCUGAGAGUGAAGCUCCUAUAGAUACAAAUCUCAUAGAGUUUGAUACAAACGAUGAUGACAUAGUCUUUGAAGAUUUUGCUCGUCAGCGACUGAAAGGGAUGAAAGACGACAAGGAAGAGGAAGACGAAGAGAUGAACUCGCCUCCAGCGAAUGAUAGAUAAACAGGGACCUGUUGUACCUGAUCACCGUGUAAAACUCGUGGAUUGGGCACCUUUAUUUGUACUCUAAAGAGCCCCCCUAAAAAAGUUACCCAGAUUCUGGCGGCCCUUAUAAUCUUCUUGCUGUGCCAUAAUUGUCGAUCCGCAUCUCGCUACUUCUUUUCACUUCUGGCUAACACUAUCUUAAGCAAAAAAAUGUGAGAAUUUAGAGUACAAUCAUGAUUCGUGCAACCGAUUACUGUACGUAAGGAGUUCUUGUAGCACUUUUCUAUUAACCGAGUCUUUUAUGCAUUUUGUAUAAUUACAGUAGUAUCAUACAAGUAUUUGUUACGGAAAACAAAAAGUUAGUCAAAAAAAUCAUAUAGCCUCAAAGGAAAUCAAAAGCUAAUGCGUUUUUUUACACACGGAAGCAUUCUCAAUGGCUACUGUAUUAACAUUUGUUAGUAAAACUGGUAAGAUCUAAUGGCACUUUAGCACAUUCAAAAAUUUCUUUCAUGACAAUUCAAAAACAGGAAGAGAAAUUUUUUGAUACAAAAAAAGGACAAACUUUGUCUAAAUUUUAUGUGGCAACAACUCUGUUCCAUUCUGAAGAGUUUUUUUGUCUUGGACAAGGACGAGUAUAAAGGGGUGGUCUUGUUAUUCUUACCUAUUGCUAGACUUGAGGUCAACGGAAAUGGAGAAUUUAGAUUUUUGAAUUUCGUUCAAUAUUGGAUCACUCUUCAGGCAGAUAUCUAGGAAGGUCUGAUUUGGUCCAAUGGGUUAAUUUUGUGAUCAAAUUCUUGUCAGCAAUAGAUAAUGGCUUCUCAUAAAAGUGAACUUAUUCUUAACCCUGUGAACUUUUUGGCAGUUUUUUUGUUUUUUAUGGAACCAAGUUAAACAGGGUUUCAUAAGAGUACUAUUUUAGAUGAUGCAGUCUCAAUAACUGGUUGUAUGAACGACUCAGAGUUCAUAAUCAAAUGUCGGAAUUUUAUCACAACAUUGAUUUUGGAAAUUUCAAUUUUGAAAUUUUUUAUUAAUAAUACGAUCUAAUCCUGCUUUACCUGCCUUUUUUUGGGUUAAUUUCCAAAUCAACAUGUUUAAAUUGGGACCACAGCUAAACAAAAA